GAGGAGCUGGAUCUUAAGACCAUCCUCUCGGGGGUCCUGUCUCUAGGGAACAUUGUGUUUGAUCCGGAGGAGGCGGGAGGUGUGUCUAUGUCUCGUGCCUCCAUGGGGUGGCUGAAGGCCGCAGCAGGUCAGUUUGGGGUGCAGACUGAAGAGCUGAUGAGCUGUUUGAUCUGUACGACGUCCGUGACCCGCGGUGAGGCCAUCCGGAGGCUGCACAGUAAACAGCAGGCAGAAGACUCCCGGGACUCCAUCGCUCGUGUGGUUUAUUCUCGUCUUUUUGGUUGGAUUGUGACAAAAGUGAAUGAACUUCUGGCUGGAGACGUUGUACUGGGGGCUCAGGUGCAGGAGAUUGGGAUUCUCGAUAUCUUUGGCUUUGAGAACUUCGCUGUGAAUCGCUAUGAACAGUUGUGUAUAAAUCUGGCGAACGAGCAGCUGCAGAACUUCUUCAACCACCACAUAUUCCUGAUGGAGCAGCAGCAUUACCGGGAGGAGGGGAUCCUGGAGGACGCCGUCGCCUUCACCAAUAACCAGCCCAUCCUGGAUCUGUUCCUGGCGCGGCCCUGGGGCAUCCUCUCCAUUCUGGAUGAACAGACGUCAUUCCCACAGGCGUCUGACGCCUCAUUUGUGGAUAAAUUCAGCGCCGGAUGUCGAAAAAAUCCGCACUAUGAGCGACUGCGAGGAAAGGAUCCGGGAUUCGCCAUUCAUCACUACGCCGGGAAGGUGCAGUACACAGCUGUUGGCUUCUUGGAGAAGAACAGGGACAAUAUUCCCAUGAACAUCCAGAACUUGUUCAUCAGCAGUGAGACGUUAUUACUGAGCCUGCUCUUCACAGCCAGCAUCUCCAGGACUGGAACUCUAAUGCCCUUACAUAGGGAGAAGGCUCAGAUAUCACAGGAUAAAGCCUCCACUCGAAAGAUGUCUGUUGGGGCCCAAUUUCGGCGGUCGCUCGCGGUUCUCAUGGAGAAGAUGUACGCCGCCAACCCCCAUUUCAUCCGCUGUAUUAAACCUAAUAACGAGAAGGCGCCGGGGGUGUUCCGACCAGACGAGGUGCUUAAACAGCUGCGGUAUAAUGGUCUGAUGGAGACUCUACGCAUCCGCAGAGACGGCUUCUCUUGGAGACCAACCUUUCAGGACUUUGUUGGCCAAUACGGGAUCCUCCUCCUCACACCUGACAUACCUGUGAACAGAGACAUUUGUAUAAAGAUCCUGCAAGGGGCGCACCUGACUGGCUGGCAGUGCGGGACGACCCGACUCUUCUUCAAGUACUGGCACCAGGAUGAGAUGACGCAGAGGCUGCGGAGCCUGCAGAACGCCGUAAUCACCAUUCAAAAGCGGUAUAAAGGUCUCCUGUGCCGCAGAGCGUUCCUUCAUCUUCUGGAUGAAAUGAGGAAACUGAAGGAGAAACUGCGACAAGAGGAGGCUGAGCGGGAGCGCGCAAGAAAACGGGAGGAGGAGCAGGCUGAGUGGGAGCGCGCAAGACGACGGGUGGAGGAGGAGCAGGCUGAGCGGGAGCGUGCAAGACAACGGGAGGAGGAGCAGGCUGAGCGGGAGCGCGCAAGACAACGGGAGGAGGAGCAGGCUGAGCGGGAGCGUGCAAGACAACGGGAGGAGGAGCAGGCUGAGCGGGAGCGUGCAAGACAACGGGAGGAGGAGCAGGCUGAGCGGGAGCGCGCAAGACAACGGGAGGAGGAGGAGGCUGAGCAGGAGCGCGCAAGACAACGGGAGGAGGAGCAGGCUGAGCGGGAGCGCGCAAGACAACGAAAGGAGGAGCAGGCUGAGCGGGAGCGCGCAAGACAACGGGAGGAGGAGGAGGCAUCUCUAAGAGCCGUACCCCGCCCUGUGCCUCUGCCCCGGAGGAGGCCGCCCCCUCUAAAGCCGACGUUGUGCGCCACCGUCUCAGAGCCCCCAGUACCCCGCCCACGCAGCCAACUAUUCCAGCUUUCUCCCUUUGACAACCCCGCGGUGCGUCCCCGCGUUCCCUCAAUCUGUCGUGAGGACGGGGAGAACAAACUGAUGCAGCGGCGGAAAACUCUGCUCUGGUUCAAGGAGACUCAGGCCAAGAAGGUGCAGGAUGGCGGCGUCUUCCCUCCAUGGCUGCAUGGCAUGAUCUCACGCAGGGACGCAGAGAAUCUUCUGGAGGAUAAAGAACCUGGAGACUUUCUUAUCCGGAUCAGUCAGACCCGUGCGGGCUACAUCCUGAGCUACAA